AUUGGAAAAUUAGGAUAAGCUUAUGUACCUCUGCCUUAUUGGGUUUCUUGAGUUGAGGCUUUUUAAAAGGAGAAUCCGCGACCAGCCGAGUCGACUCACUUAGCCCCUCACUGCAAUAUUGAGCUUGUACUCAGAUUCUGCUUCGCAACUCUCCCAUGGCAGCCUCCUUCCUUCUCCCCUCUCCUUCUCUCAGCAGUUUCAUGAAGGGACAAGUGGGUGUGCGUUUGUAUUCAGAACAUUGUCUUAAUUGCAUUACAUUCUUCUACAAUUGUAGCCAAAAGCAGAACUGUAAUAUUAAGCUUUACAUGAUACCUGGUAAAGCCAUUGCCCGUCACUGCUGGUCAAGACAGUUUGCUUCAAUUGGCUCAUUAGGAACCAAUGUAGAUGUUUCUUCUGGUGUUUCUGAUCCGGAUGACUUCCAGAGGUAUAAAACGUUGCGUGACUACUCAAGUAACCAUUUGAAUGGUAUUAGUGAUUUUGAGAGACAGUUGCAAGAGUUAUUUGAUGAAGUGAAAACUAUGAUUAUGAAGGGAAACAAAAAUGAUGCCAUAGACCUGCUUCAAGCAAAUUAUGAAGCUGUAAAAGAACAGAUAAAUGCAGGCACUAAAGGCAUAGAAGAAGCUGCAAUUCUUGACAUUAUAGCCUUGGGAUAUGUGGCUAUUGGAGACUUGAAGUUUGUUGGGUCUCUUUUGAAUAUGAUAAAUGAAGUUGUUGAUAGUCUGAAGAAUGAGGAACCUCUUCUAGAUGGAAUACUCAUCCAUAUGGGAAGUAUGUAUUCAAUGUUGGGGAAGUUUGAGAAAUCCAUGCUCGUUUAUCGAAGAGUUAUUAGUAUUUUGGAAAACAGAUAUGGGAAGAAUAGUACUUUUCUUAUCACACCAUUAUUGGGGACAGCAAAAGUUCUUGGCUCUGUUGGAAGAGCCACAAAAGCAGUUGAAAUCUACCAUCGGGUGAUUACCAUCUUGGAAACAAACAGAGGUGCUGAAAGCGAGGAUUUGGUGCUACCUUUAUCUGGUCUUGGCAAUCUUUUGAUUAAGGAAGGAAAAGCUGUGGCUGCAGAAAGUGCUUUUAUAAGAAUUCAAAAGAUUUAUACAAAGAAAUAUGGGGAACAUGAUGGAAGAGUUGGAAUGGCUAUGUGUUCUCUAGCCCAUGCAAAGUGUGCAAAAGGGAAUACAGAUGAAGCCAUUGAUCUGUACAAGAAAGGUCUCCAGGUCAUCAAGGAUUCAAAAUAUAUGGCUCUGGAUGACAGCAUAAUGGAGAAAAUGAGGAUUGAUUUGGCGGAGUUACUUCAUGCUGUUGGAAGAGGAAAAGAAGGUCGAGAGCUACUAGGGGAAUGCUUGCUGAUUACUGAGAAUUAUAAAGGGAGAGAGCAUCCCAGCUCAGUUGCACACCUUAUAAAUCUUGCAACCUCCUAUUCACAUUCAAAGAAUUUUGUGGAGGCUGAGCGUCUACUUAGGACAAGUUUGGAGAUCAUGAUGAAGACAGUGGGGCCUGAUGAUCAGUCCAUCACCUUUCCAAUGUUGCAGCUUGGAGUCACUCUCUACCAGUUAAAUCGGGAUGAAGAAGCUGAGAAGCUAGUGCUGGAGGUUCUGUGCAUCCGUGAGAAGGCUUUUGGAAAAGAUUCUCUUCCUGUUGGCGAGGCUCUUGACUGUUUGGUCAUCAUUCAGACAAGAUUAGGGAAGGAGGAGGUCGAGUUACUGGAGAUGCUGAAGAGGGUUCUAAGAAUUCAAGAAAAAGAAUUUGGUAAUGAUAGUGAGGAGGUUAUGUUAACUCUGAAAAAAGUUGUGUUCUAUUUAAACAAACUAGGUAGAAAUGAUGAGAAAUUUCCCUUGCAGAAAAGAUUGUCCAUUCUGAGGAUGAAAUACAAACAAAAAGUUGCAUAUUAAGGGCAAAAUUCUAUUCUUUAUAUGACCUUCUCUAGGGGAAAAAAAAUGAUUUGAUUGAUUA